CUAAAGCAGAAGGAAAUGGGGAGUGCAAUCUGCAGCUUCUUCCUUAAAAACAGUGGCAAUAUCAGCUGCAUAAAAAGGAAAGUCAGAGCAGGUCACCCACAGCAGACUAUCCGGAAGAUCAGAGGCACAGCUGCCACUAUGAAGACACUUGCCCCUCUCACACUCCUCACGCUGGUGUGUUUUGUGUCUGCAGGCUUGGUAAGCCAGGAGUUCUUGUUGAAGGAAAGAUGUUGUCUAAACAGCUCAUCAAUACGAAUUCCUAAGGAAAAGGUGACACACGUGGAGAUGACACCGGCUGGGUGCAAACACAAUGCAAUCGUAGUCACAUCGGUGUGCGGGAAACGUUUUUGCCUCAAAGACAGUUGGAACUGGGCAAUAAAACUGUUGCAAAGAUUUGAGACAGUUUCUGUCAACAAGACAUCUCUACCUGCACCUUUCAAUCAGACCAGGUGUAAAAACAACCGGUCGGAGGUCUGGGGACUGGUCUGGGUUCAGAUCCUCAUCCAACAUGUCGGCUCAUUCAUCACUUGUCCAUUCUUCAAAGGAGACAGACAGCUUGUUUCAGUCCACUUGCUUCAUGUUUUCGACAGAACAGCAGGCUGUGCAGGUUGGAGCUAAAGCAGUGGGAGAGAAAAAGAACAAAAUGAUUGCUGGACUUUUCACUGUUUCCUUUUUUUUUCUGGUUGGAGUAGGAAAAAAAGCUGCCAACCCCACAGUGUGAAUAAGAACUUUGAAUCAGUCCAUCUGCACCGAAAAAAUUAAACACG